AUUACAGAUAAGAUAAAUAGAUAAUGUAAGGAAUAUGUUUGCCAAAAAAAAUAAAAUAAAGAAAAAUACCGGGAAUAUCCUGCUGAUGAUUCGAGAAAUCCAAGCUCAAAAGCUAUGGAGUUCCUGUGACUCUCCUACUUAUUUGCAAGUCCUCUCAAACACUCUUCCCCCUCGACUUUAAAAUCCAGAAGUAAUCUCUCUCCUCAUCUUUGAGAAUACACGAUUCAAUUUGCUUUGAUUUAAUCUCCCGUACCAGGUGUUUUGCAGAUUAAUCCUUUGGGAAAACCCAUUUGUCAGCAUGGCUCAUCUACUUUCAACUUCUUGCUCCAUGAAGGUAUCUCCGAGUGAGAAACUUUCCUCCAAAUGUUGGAACAUAGGGUCGACAAAAUAUCCCAUGUCAUUUACUCAACAAACUUCGAAGUCAGCAUUUAAAAGCCUUGUUCACCAAAGAAAUAAUACGCAGAAAUUAACUGUUGUUCGUGCAACAACUGUACCUCUAAACCAGGAAACUAAAGCUGAAUCUGGCACUAGUUCCUUCGAGAACAAUGGCAAUACAUCUGGUCGCAAGCGAGUUAUGGUUAUUGGUGGAGAUGGAUACUGUGGUUGGGCAACAGCCCUUCACCUAUCCAAAAAAAACUACGAUGUUUGCAUUGUUGACAACCUUGUUCGUCGGCUCUUUGACCAUCAACUUGGUCUUGAUUCAUUGACUCCUAUUGCUUCCAUUCAAAACCGCAUUCGCCGCUGGCAGGAUUUGACGGGUAAAACAAUCGAUCUUCACGUUGGUGAUAUCUGUGACUUUGAGUUCUUAGCGGAAACCUUCAAGUCAUUUGAGCCUGAUACUGUUGUCCACUUUGGAGAACAACGGUCGGCCCCAUAUUCCAUGAUUGACCGUUCAAGAGCUGUAUACACUCAGCAGAAUAAUGUAAUUGGGACUAUCAAUGUUCUAUUUGCCAUAAAGGAGUUCAGCGAAGAAUGCCAUCUUGUAAAGCUUGGAACUAUGGGAGAAUAUGGAACUCCAAAUAUUGAUAUUGAAGAAGGUUUUAUAACUAUCACUCAUAACGGUAGGACAGACACUUUGCCUUACCCCAAGCAGGCUAGCUCCUUCUAUCAUUUAAGCAAGGUUCAUGAUUCGCAUAAUAUAGCCUUUACAUGCAAGGCUUGGGGGAUUCGAGCAACUGAUUUGAAUCAAGGUGUGGUAUAUGGUGUAAUGACAGAAGAAACUGCAAUGCAUGAAGAAUUAUGUAACAGAUUUGACUAUGAUGCUGUUUUUGGGACUGCACUAAAUCGGUUUUGUGUUCAGGCUGCUGUCGGUCAUCCACUUACUGUCUAUGGAAAAGGGGGUCAGACGAGGGGAUAUCUUGAUAUAAGAGACACCGUGCAGUGUGUAGAGUUGGCCAUUGCAAACCCUGCAAAACUUGGUGAAUUCAGAGUCUUCAAUCAAUUCACAGAGCAGUAUUCAGUAAGAGAUCUUGCUGCACUCGUAACAAAAGCAGGAGAAAAACUUGGAUUGAAUGUUGAAACCAUCUCGGUGCCUAAUCCAAGGGUUGAGGCAGAGGAGCAUUACUACAAUGCUAAGCAUACUAAACUCGCCGAGUUAGGUCUCAAACCGCACCUUCUAUCAGACUCUCUCUUGGAUUCUGUACUGAAUUUUGCAGUUCAAUACAAAGAUCGUGUUGACACGAAACAAAUUAUGCCAAGUGUUUCCUGGAAAAAGAUUGGGGUCAAGCCACAAACACUUCGAGCUUAAUUCAAGAGAGAUGCAGACCUUUCGUUUGUUACAUUUUUUUCUUCUUAUCGUUGUAUUAUGUAACGGUUAAAUUACUGAUACAGUAGAGAUGUUAGGCAGCUGUAGAUGUGGAGUUUAUGUUGCCAAUAAAUAGAGCAUAUUUGCAGUUUUAGGGUUUAUGGGCAGUUGUACCAUUGUAAAACUAUCAUAGAAGUGAGUGUGCUUGUGCCUUUGCAGCAA